AUGGAUUCAACCGACAAAGAGGUGAAAAAACCUCCAAACGAUGGUAAAAAAUCGUCCAAAAUUUGCGUUGGACGUGAAACGCACGAGAGAAUGAAUUUUCUCUACCAGGCUGCUGCGCUUAUGUCGGAUACACAUCCCCAACUUUCCGCUUCCUACGGAAAGCUGGCAAAAUCGAUUGGCAAAAAGGCUGUGCUUCGCAUGGAACCCGCGAUUAAGCGCACGCUGUGUGUUCGAUGUGGCGUUCUACUGAAUCCUGCAACAACUGCCGACAUACACGACCAUCGUCACAAGAAACUGUGCUAUGUACAGGUCGACUGUAGACAUUGCGGAUAUCGAAAACGUUUUUAUAAUAGCAAAAAUCACCAGCUAUGGUUGGACAAACCUAACUCGUUGGUAGAACGAAUAGAAUUCCAUGCAAGCACGUAA